GUUAGACUCCAGACGAAAUUGCGACAUCUAGCCAUGAGCAUCUAAAACGAUGCAAAACAAGUUUGGCGGUUAACUGUAUUUUUAUUAUAUCUUUUAGCUGUAUAAUUAAUCGCAAGUGAAAUAAAUUCCAUCAUAUACGAUGAAUGAUAAAGAUCCAACUUGUGUCAUUAAAAUGAUUAAAGAUCUGCGAUCAGGAUCAGAGGGUUAUCGCAGGGACAGUGGACUAUCGUUAAGAUUGUCCUCUGCAGGUGUUACUCCACAUUCACUCUUAGAGGAAUCUGACGAUGAAGAUGUAUCAACCCCUAAGCGUGCAAGAUUGGAUGAGUCUACUAAUUCCACGUUAUAUAAAACAAGUGGUUCUGCUCCUGGAAGUCCCUGGGAAUGGAGACGUUUGAAGGGUGAAGUACUUUCUCUACGAACAAGAUUAUCUCACCAGGAAGCUACUGUUCAGCAACUACAUAAGAUACGCAGGGAAAUGGAAGAAGUCUUUGAAAAGGAAAAAAAUCUUUUAGAAGUCCAAGUGGAGCAGGAUAAUCAAACUAUAUCGCAAUUAGAGGCAAGAUUAGAUGUUGCUAGGAGAACUGUACAGGAAGCCAGAGCAGCACAGUCUGCUGCUGAAAAAGAUCUAUUACUGACAAAAACAAAGCUAGAACAGAAAACAGUUUCUGUACUGAAUGAGAAUGCAAAACUCUUAGAUGAUUUAAAACAAGUUUCGUCCAAAAGCAGCAUCUCAUCCUUACCCAAGGAUCCUGAAAACGAAUCGCCCGAAACUGUAAUUAAACUGCAAGCCGCAGAGGCCAGGAUUGCUCAAUUGGAACAGAAACUACGCGAGUCUAUGACGUCUCAACAAGAAUUGGAGUUACAAAACGUAGAAUUGCAAAAUCUUAAAAUUAAAUUAGAAAAAUUAGAAUCCGAGCGCGCGUUAUGGGAGGAGGGUAAGCUAAUGGUGAACAGGGCAGCUCGGGCCAGUGACUUGGAGAAAGAAUUACAAUCCGCCAAAGAGACUAUUGCUGUUCUCAGGGAAUCGGUUAAAGGAAAACUACUUCUUGAGGAGCAGAUGUCCAACAUUAUGCAAAGAUUGGAACACACUGAAAAAUUAGAACAACAGGUUGCGACUCUGGAUGCCAAACGAUCUGAACUCCUAGUGCGAGUUUCAGAAUACGAAUCUAUUGGUAUAGGUGGUGGUCCAGCGGCAAUAAAACGAGAACUAAAUCGCCUCCAACAAGCAGAAGCCAUCCUGACCGCUGAAGAAGGUCAAUUGCGUUCAAAAAUGGAUGCCGUUCAACGAGAAUGUCAAAAUCUUCACAGGAAGUACGAGGAGGCAAAAAAACUGGCAACGGAAAUGACGUCCUCCAGCGAACGACUGAAUAAACUGGUUAGCAGGUUACAACGGAAAAUGAUUUUAGUAACGAGAGAAAGGGACAGUUAUCGUCAGCAGCUGGACCUUUACGAAAAGGAAAUAACUAUUAUGGAAAGUAAUAGUGCAUUGACAGAGCGAAUUCCAGCCCUCGAAAGAGCGAUAGAUGGUUACAGGAACCUGGUAGCUAGACUGGAAGCGGAUCUGGAGGCUGCCGAUGGUAGCGCAUUGAAAGCAGAAUGUCAGGCAUUGCGGGAAAAGAUUGACAGAUUAAAGGGCGAACUGGAGCAUAGGGCACUGAAGGGCGAUUUUAAUUGUAACGCCCGAAUAUUGCAUUUCACCAUGAAUCCUGCGGCCAUAGCGGAGAAGCAGGCUGAAGAAAAACAACAAGCCCUUUUACGAGAAGUCGAGGAACUUCGAGCUAGAGUAUCUCUUGGCAAUAAUGGAACUGCAGCCAAUGCUAUACCUUUACCGGGAUCCUCUCUCCAAGCUCAAGAAAUUGCAGAGCUCAAACAGACGCACGAGAUAAAAAUUGCACGGCUAAAGGAAGCUUUUAAAGUAUCUUCCCAAGAAUAUCGUCAGGCCUGUUAUCAAUUAUUUGGCUGGCGAGUCGACCGCACUAAAGAGGGAGAAUAUAAAUUAUUCAGCUUGUACGCAGAGUCACCGGAUGAUUUUCUAUUCUUCCACGUUGGCGAGGAAGGCGUGGACCUUUUGGAGACGGCAUUCUCAGCCACUCUGGAACGACAAGUACAACAAUACUUGCAGAGACAACACAGCGUGCCCAUGUUUCUUAACGCCGUGCAGUCGGAUUUAUUCGCCCAGCAAACGACGACUAACGUUAUGGAGUAACAAUUAGACGUAAAAUCUGUAAAUUUCUUUAAAACAAUUAAGAUUAAUUCCGUAGUUAUACAUAACUUGAGCUACGCAGUGAAGAAUCAUUCAAAACCAUAGUACUCGAUGACCUAAUUACAAUCUAUUAUAAUAAAUAUAUAUAUUUUUCCUUCGUACAA